CCAGGAAGUCCCUCCCCUUCCCACAAACUCUCUUCUGAGGAAACGAAACUGAUCUGAGUCUCUCUGUCGUCUGUCUGUGUGAGAGUGAACAACCGUCCAAAUGGCUCAACAGGGAGAUUUGCUGGACCAGGACCAGUUCUGUUGUUCUGUCUGUCUGGAUCUACUGAAGGAGCCGGUCACUAUUCCCUGUGGACACAGUUACUGUAGGAGCUGUAUUGAGGGCUGCUGGGAUCAGGAUGUUCUGAAAGGGGUCUAUAGCUGUCCUCAGUGCAGAGAGACCUUCACUCCAAGGCCUAAUCUGAGGAAAAAUAACAUGUUGGCUGAAGUGGUUGAGAAACUGAGGAAGACAGGACUCCAGGCUGCUCCCCCUCCUGCUCUGUGCUCUGCUGGACCUGGAGAUGUGGCGUGUGAUUUCUGCACUGGGACCAGAAAGCAGAAAGCCCUCAUGUCCUGUCUGGUGUGUCUGGCCUCUUACUGUGAGACUCACCUCCAACCUCACUAUGAAUUUCCUGCUUUGAAGAAGCACAAGCUGGUCAAAGCCACCGCACAACUACAGGAGAAGAUCUGCUCUCAUCAUGACAAACUGCUGGAGGUUUACUGUCGUACCGAUCUGCAGUGUAUCUGUCUGCUGUGUACAAUGGAUGAACAUAAAGGCCAUGAUACAGUGUCAGCUGCAGCAGAGAGGACUGAGAAACAGAGGCAGCUGGGGAUGAGUCAGCAGAAGGUCCAGCAGAGAUUCCAGGAGAGAGAGAAGGAGCUGAAGAAGCUCCAAAAAGCUGUGAAGUCUUUCAAGCGCUCUGCACAGUCAGCAGUGGAGGACAGUGAUCAGAUCUUUACUGAGCUGAUCCGCUCCAUUGAGAGAAGGAGCUCUGAGGUGAAGGAGCUGAUCAGAGCCCAAGAGAAGGCUCAAGUGAGUCAAGCUGAAGGACUCCUGGAGCAACUGAAGCAGGAGAUCGCUGAGCUGAGGAAGAGAAGCACUGAGCUGGAGCAGCUCUCACACACAGAGGAUCACAUCCAUUUCCUCCAGAGGUAUCAGUCUCUCUCCAGUAUCAGUGUAUCUUCAGACUUACCCAGCAUCGUUGUCCGUCCUCUUCAGUCCUUUGGAGAUGUGAGUCAGACUGUGUCUGAACUGAGAGAGAAACUAGAAGACUUCCUUAAAGGAGAAUGGACCAAGAUCUCCACUACAGUGAAUAUAGUGGAUGUUGUACUGCCUCCAGAGCCCAAGACCAGAGAACAGUUGUUACAAUAUUCCUGUCAGCUCACACUGGACCCAAACACAGCACACACACACCUCUCUCUGUCUGAAGGGAACAGAAAGGUGACCUAUACAGGCCAAGUCCAACCAUAUCCUGUCCAUCCAGACAGAUUCACCAACUACUACCAGGUUCUGUGUAGAGAGGGUCUGUCUGGACGCUGUUACUGGGAGGUGGAGUGGACUGGUGGUGUUUAUACAGCAGUCUCAUAUAAAGACAUCAGCAGAACAGAGAAGGGUAAUGAUGGUGUAUUUGGACUCAAUAACAAGUCCUGGAGUUUAUAUUACUAUAGUGGUGGUUAUUGUUUCAUACACAAUAAUGUUGUGACUGAAGUAUCAGGCCCUCAGUCCUCCAGAGUAGGAGUGUACCUGGAUCACAAGGCAGGUACUCUGUCCUUCUACAGUGUCUCUGACACAAUGACCCUCCUCCACAGAGUCCAGACCACAUUCACUCAGCCCCUCUAUCCUGGGUUUUGGCUCUAUGAUUAUAAUGGUUCUGCUGAGCUGGUUAAACUGUAAACUGAUUUGUUAUUAAUUAAAAUUAAAUCCAAUGUUUUAAUCUUGUACAUUUCCAUGAAUCAUGAUGUCUGGUGUUGAUGUAUAUUGGUUGUCAUUCAGAACCAUUGAUAUGUUUUCUCAGUUGGUUCUCUGUCUCUAUGUAAUUCU